AUACAUAUACAUAUACUCGAAAAUAAAGACGACGAACAUCGAUACUCGAACUAUUCGAAGGCCUAAUUAUGUGGUGAAGAGCAACUUUAAAGUUUAGGUAUACUCGUGUAUUAGGUUAAUCUUAUAAUUAGUGAAUUGAAAAGCAUGAAAAUUGUAAAGUGAACAGUUCACUUCGUCGCUCACCCCAUUCUGAACGGUGCAACGAACGCGCGGCAGCACUGCACUGAAUCGUACGUGGGCGACAAUAAUCUCUCAAAUGCUGGUGCUGAUGGCGAACAAAUGGUCCUUGUGCAUUUCCACACUCACAUGGCUGACGUUGCUCUCAGUUACCAACUCGGUGCGGAUAACAAAUCUUAAAGUCCCUCACACGUAUACUUUGGAUCGGAACACCGAACCGGAUCCGCUGGUGCUGGACUGCGAGUACGAAGUAGAGCCACGCGAAAAGGGAUUCGUACUGAAGUGGUUGUUCAACAAUCAUUCCAUUUACCAAUGGAUACCAUCAGUAAAGGGCUUUGCCAUGGGCAUAAUGAAGUCCAAAAUAGAUACAAAGAUAUUCACAAUGGAAGGAAGUCCCGGUGUUAUAACCAUAAAGAAGCCAGACUGGAACAUGACAGGAGAGUACACGUGCACCGUACAAACGUUCGAGUCGACAGAUAAGAAAAGUGCUCGCCUUCAAAUUAUCGUUCCUGAAUCGGAUUUUGUGUUGGAAACGAAAAUGGAUGGCGAACAGAGUGGCGUGGACAUAAUGUGUGCAGUGCAAAAUGUGUUUCCCCAACCCAUACUAUCUGUAAUAUUUGAUACAAAGAUAAUAGAUUCAAUCCUGACACAAACGGAUCAGAAUUCAAGUGGUCUGUACAGUACGACAGUCAGGACGCGAAUUCCUCGAGAUAAAUUAGAAUCGCCUACACCGAUCACUUGUGCAUUUUUCCUACUUGGUACUAAUUAUACCAAGAGGAGAGAAACAAUUUUCUAUGGUAAGUACAGAUAAAGCAACAAAUAUACAACGCAAGUGGACUACAGUUGCCGUAGUAAUAUCGAUUGCAUCCUUAACACUGAGCAGUUAGUUUGAUAGAACAUUUUUGUUCAAUUAGAAUAUUUUUUUUCUGAAUUUUAAUGAAAACUAAAUUUUGCGGUAUUUUCAAAAGUGCUUAUUUUGUAAAUGCAUGUAAAUGUCAUAACAAAAGAAAUUAAAAAUUAUAUUCAUAUUUUUAUGUGUAAGUACGGAGGUGUACUAAACAUUAAUAAAUACGAAAACAAAGAACAUAGAUUAGAUCAG